CAUGUUGCCCAUUUCGGUUGACUGCCUCAAGUUUUGUAACAGGGUGUAAAGGCUACACAUUUAUGUGUACAUUGAGCAUACAAGCAAGCAGUUUUAUGGCUCCUACACAUUUUUCAAGGAUGCUCAACAUUUUUGCUAGUGUAUGCUUAGCAUUAGUCUCGAAAGUUGAAGCUCAAGGUUCACAAAUGGGAGUGGAAUUUCUGGUACAGUUCCCAUACAUGCCUGAAGGCCAACCCAUCCUAAUGAUGUACUCAACCAUGAUGAAUAAAUUCAAUGUUUACGUCACGGCUCCUACGUGGCGAAACCCCGUUUUUGAAAGAGUCGCUCUCGACCGUUUGCAGGUCACUUCUUACGUGGUCCAGCGGAAAUAUUUAACAUCAAUCAGUGGCCCCAUCACGUCUAUUGUCGCCAAAGGAAAGUUCAAAUUUGGGAUGACGGUGUUUAUGCCGGUGUCGUUCCACUCAACUGCCAGUUUCCUGGCCAUACCAGCUUCCGGUUGGGGCGCGGAGUACUUUAUUCUGAUACCAAACUUAAAGUGGAAGCGUGACGUCAUCAAUCGCUGGCAGACGUCAUUCUCCAGAAUUCAACCAGGUACCCACUACAUAUCGCCUGUAAAGGGGUCGUACAAUAGAAACUUGCUGUCCGGCAGUUGUCAGGCUGUAUUUACCCGAGCCCAAAAGAACGAGAACAAGUUCGAGAACUUGAAAGACGAGAUCCGCCCCCUGAUCGAGGCGGGUUUCACGUGGAAGGACACCUUCACCCAGUACACGCUCCAGAACGUCCUGCUCGCUUUCAGCCGUGGGCUGAGCUUCAACAGACGCCUGAGUGAGGCUGGGCUGGUCGACGCUAGGGACGGGCCUGACGUAGACGUAGAGAACAAUAGAGAUGAGAUUGUACAAGUCCAUAAAUAUUCCGACAAGCCCACUGGUCUAUUCAACCGGCACAUGUACUACAAUCUACCCGAGACAGAGUACCAACGAGCGUCCAUCUACAGGAAUCUACCAACAGAAAGCUUACCCCCUAUUCCAGAAGAAUCCACCAACUUGUCAUGGGAGUCUGGCUUGCUAAUGGUCCUCUUCAGUCAAAACAAAAUUAUACAGAUCUUGUUAGUUCUGUGUUCUGUUGCAUCGAAUACUGCAGCACACAAUUCAUCCUGCGCAGAUGAUAAACACGUAGAUGUCUGGAACAACGAACAAAAAAUGUGGCUUGACCUAAGACGAACUGGAGCAGAACCCA